GGCGUCUCGGAAAUGACGUAGUAGUGUCAACAUGCAAGAUGGCGGCUCAUCACAGGCAGAAUACUGCUGGGCGGAGAAAAGUUCAGGUGUCAUAUGUAAUACGAGAUGAGGUGGAAAAGUACAAUCGCAAUGGUGUGAAUGCCCUUCAGCUGGAUCAAACACUAAACAGGCUGUUCACUGCAGGGCGGGAUUCUAUAAUUAGGAUAUGGAGUGUAAGCCAGCACAAGCAAGAUCCUUACAUAGCAUCCAUGGAGCACCACACAGACUGGGUGAAUGAUAUUGUGCUCUGCUGCAAUGGAAAAACUUUAAUAUCCGCUUCCUCUGAUACCACAGUUAAAGUGUGGAAUGCGCACAAGGGAUUUUGCAUGUCCACUUUGAGAACACACAAGGACUAUGUAAAAGCAUUAGCCUAUGCAAAAGACAAAGAACUGGUAGCAUCUGCUGGAUUGGAUAGGCAGAUAUUUCUCUGGGAUGUCAAUACCCUCACUGCACUGACUGCUUCAAAUAACACUGUAACAACAUCUUCCUUGAGUGGGAACAAAGAUUCUAUCUACAGCCUUGCGAUGAACCAGAUGGGUACAGUAAUUGUUUCCGGAUCUACCGAAAAGGUUCUCCGUGUGUGGGAUCCAAGAACAUGUGCAAAGCUAAUGAAGCUAAAAGGACACACAGAUAAUGUAAAAGCUUUGCUGUUAAACCGUGAUGGUACACAGUGUCUCUCAGGCAGUUCUGAUGGUACUAUCCGGCUUUGGUCCCUUGGUCAGCAGAGAUGUAUAGCAACAUACAGAGUCCAUGAUGAAGGAGUAUGGGCUUUGCAGGUUAAUGAAGCCUUCACUCAUGUAUACUCAGGAGGACGAGACAGGAAAAUUUACUGUACAGACCUUCGAAACCCAGAUAUAAGAGUGUUAAUAUGUGAGGAAAAAGCACCAGUUCUUAAGAUGGAAUUGGAUAGAUCUGCAGAUCCACCUCCAUCCAUCUGGGUUUCAACCACAAAAUCCUCAGUAAACAAAUGGUCUCUUAAGGGCAUCCACAAUUUCAGAACAUCUGGAGAGUACGACAAUGACUGCAGUCCUCCGUUAACACCUCUUUGUACGCAGACAGACCAGGCCAUUAAAGGUGGAGCCAGUAUAACACAGUGCCACAUCCUAAAUGACAAGAGACACAUACUAACCAAAGACACAAACACCAGUGUGGCUUACUGGGAUGUUCUGAAGGCUUGUAAAGUAGAAGAUCUUGGAAAAGUGGAUUUUGAUGAAGAAAUAAAAAAAAGAUUUAAAAUGGUUUAUGUGCCAAACUGGUUCUCUGUAGAUCUCAAAACUGGGAUGCUGACAAUCACCUUGGAUGAAAGUGAUUGCUUUGCUGCCUGGGUUUCAGCAAAGGAUGCAGGAUUUAGCAGUCCAGAUGGGUCAGAUCCAAAGUUGAACCUUGGUGGACUUUUACUUCAAGCACUUUUAGAAUACUGGCCAAGAACACACAUCAAUCCAAUUGAUGAUGAAGAAAAUGAAAUGACUCAUGUAAAUGGUGAGCAAGAAAACCGAAUACAGAAAGGAAAUGGAUAUUUUCAAGUGCCACCUCAUACACCAGUUAUUUUUGGUGAAGCUGGAGGACGGACCUUAUUCAGGUUAUUAUGUCGGGAUUCAGGGGGUGAAACUGAAUCCAUGCUUCUGAAUGAAACUGUACCACAGUGGGUCAUUGAUAUCACUGUUGAUAAAAAUAUGCCGAAAUUCAACAAAAUUCCUUUCUACCUUCAACCUCAUUCGUCUUCAGGGGCAAAAACCUUAAAAAAGGAUCGGUUGUCUGCCAGUGACAUGCUGCAGGUGAGAAAGGUAAUGGAGCAUGUGUAUGAGAAGAUAAUAAAUCUUGACAAUGAAUCACAGACAACCAGUUCAUCGAAUAAUGAGAAACCAGGAGAACAAGAAAAGGAGGAAGACAUUGCUGUAUUAGCAGAGGAGAAAAUUGAGCUGCUUUGCCAGGAUCAGAUUUUGGAUCCUAAUAUGGACCUCAGAACAGUUAAACACUUUAUCUGGAAGAGUGGUGGUGAUCUGACACUUCACUAUAGACAGAAGUCAACGUGAAAGGAGUGAACAGCUUCCUUGUGGUCAGCAUUCAUUUGCCAGAGUGUCCUGCAAUGGUUUUGAGAGCAGUCUUGAACAAAGACUCUACAUCCUCUAUGCUAGAGCAGUCACCUAAUGAUUGGUUCAGUGUGGACAGAGGUUAUAAUUUAUGUCACUAUGUCAAUAAUGUAAAAUAGAAAACACUGUAAUUUAAAUCACUUAAAACAUCUCUGCAUUUCUUAAUGUGUGGCAGAGAUGGCUAUUAGUACCGGAGUAGGGACUUUGUUAUGAGUUGUACAGAGAUGAGAGUUUAAAAAACAGCAAGAAUAUGGUUCUUUUGCUGCUUUUUGUUUCUUGAGAAUAUAAUUUCAGCUAGUUAAACUUGUUGCAAUAUGUUAAAUUGGCUGUAUUUGCCAUACCAUUAACACUUGUAAUUUAGCCAUUUUGUAUAUAUAUACAUAUGUGUAUGUAUAUGUGUGUGUGUAUGUAUAUAUAUAUAUAUAUAUAUAUAUAUAUAUAUAUAUAUAUAUAUAUAUAUACAUACAUACACACACACACACGUGUGCUGAAUACAUUCCAUGUGUUCUCUUCCCUUUUCCUUUUGUAUAGUUUGCCACAAAACGCUUCCCUAAGUUUUAUGAAAGUAAAAGGCAGAGAAAUCUGUUAAUGUACUAUUUUAGAGAGGUUACUUUACCCUUGUUUAUUUGAUACUAUUAAGACUGUGACUCUUGGAGCAGUAUCCAAAUCUUAUUUUGUAAUACUUAUAGCAAAAUUUGAUUGUUGUAAAAGAAAACCACUAUUUUAGAUAAUGGUAUUUGGCUCUCUAUGACAGCUUCUAAGAUGUCAUAUCAUAGAAGUUCAGUUUAUCAGCCAUAUUGUGUUACACUGGGCAGAUUGAUAUCAUUAUGUGUGCUGUGAUGCUGUGCAUCACAGGAGAAGGAAUUUUCAUAACAGUGGAUUGAGAUUUGUAAAAUAACUAUUUCACUACGUGGCCAUAUUUAGAAUACUAGUCAUAUUUAGAAUGCCAGGUUUUCUCUGCUUAUGUUUAUAACAUUUUGUUACCGUUACUCAAGUCAUUUGUGACCAUAUACAGUUUAGUUACAGUUUAACAGCAUAUAAAAUUGUAUUUGACAUCACCAAAUAAAUUUCAUAUUCAGAGGA